AUGGAAACUUCUAGUAAUAUUCCUUAUAUUUUGGAACCAACUUCGGCACGUCCAAAAAGGUAACCUUGAAUAGAUGGGGAGGAAGAUAGUUUAGAGUUAGCUUAGAUUAGCCUUAGCAAACUUGGCUUAGAGAGUCAGAUUUAGAUAUACCUUAAACUUAAGUUCUCAGUUAAGGUUUCAUCAAGCUUUGGGCGGAACUAUCAAAUGUAUGGGUUUUCUUACAAUAAGGUCUUUAAAUUUAGAUUUACAGUACUCUGCCAGCAUAAUCAUUUUUCUGAAAACUACAUCAUUAUCCCAAGUUCUUCAAAAACUUCCUUUGAAUACCCCAACAAGCCAGUCCAAAUUCCACUUUAUUUUUAGAAAACUAUGAACUCUUGUUAUUUUAAUCAACUCUCCCCACGUUUUGAUAUCAUAAAAACCAGUUUUUUGAUGUUUUGUUUUGUUUUCAGAAUGGAAUUGACACCAAGACGUCAUGAAUUGUUGUCAACAUAUUUAUUGGGAAUCGGCACGCUUUUUCUCUACACUGGGUAUUCUGCACAAUGUUUCAUUGGCGAAUCAGUGAUUCAUUCGAUUCACGAGAAAGAGCCGGAUUCAAUCUCGCAGUAUGCUGGAUAUUAUGGGUUAGUUUUUUGGGCGCCGGAAAGGAGAAUCUGAAAAAUUACCAAUUUGUUGAUUUUUUAGAACUCGAAAUAUUUCUUCAAGAGUAUAGUCUGAAAAAUUUGGUCCCAAAUAUAUAUUUCCAAAACUCUCAAUUCAAAUAUAUUAUUUUCAGUGCCGCAAUCCAUCUCUCCGCGUUUGCCAUUUUCACUCUAAUCACACCUUCUCUUCAACAUUUUAUUCAAUCAAAAUGGAUUUUGACAAUUGCUUCAGCUCUUUUCGCCGUCUAUUAUCUUGGUUUUAUUCAUCUCAACAAAUAUUAUUUCUAUUUUUCGCAAGCUUUGAUGGGAGUUGGAUAUGCAUGUGAGUUUUUCAAAAUAUGAUUUAUUUUUUGGAAUUUUUUUUGAAGUUCUAAAUUGCCUUGUACUUUUUUGCAAAGAUUAGACAGAAAUGACAAAAUAAUAUUUUUGAUUGAUGAUUUUAAAUAUUUGAUAACAAAAACAAGGUUAAAUGAAAUUUUCGAGAUUUUUAAUUUCCAGUUUAUAACAAUGGAGAAGGUCAAUAUCUUUCUGAACAUUCAAGCCGUCGAACAAUCGAAUCAAAUACCGGAAUCGAAACAGCUGUCGGACAUUUCAGCAUGUUUUUUGGAGGAAUCGCCUUGAUCAUCUUGUUUUAUGUUUUCCCUCAAGGUGGAGCUGGUGAUUUUAAUCAAACUCAAAUUUUGGCAAUUUAUGCAACUAUGUUUGUUUUGAAUUUAUUUUCAAUUGUGGUUUUUGCAUUUUUACCAACAAAACAAUGUGAUUCAAUUGCUUCAAAUUGUACAACUGUUGUGCCAUCGUUUUGGAAUCAGAUUAGUGAGUUUUUAGACUGAAAUUAGACGAUUUUUGUGCCCAUCAAUUAUGUUAUCAUUUCAAUAAUCUACAGUACCACUAUCAAAACGUGGUUCAACUGAAAGACUAGACUGAAAUCUUAUCAAAUUAACAAAACUGGUUUUUCAAUAUCAAAAAUGUUGCUUUUUUCCAGAACAACUCAUCAAAGCAGUCAAAUCCUACAAUCUCAUUCUUCUAAUGCCAUUUUUUUUCUUCCAAGGAUUUGCUGUAUCAUUUCUUAUGACUGUUUAUCCAACAACUCUUACAUUCACAUUCAAAGGUGAUAUUUAUAUCAUCGCAAUUUAUUCAAUUGCAAUGGGACUUGCUGAAGGAAUCGGUGGAAUAUUCUUGAGACCAUUGGUAAAAAGAGCAGGAGAAUAUGGAUUGUAUUUGACAGCUGGAGCAAAUUUUGUUUCAUAUUCAAUUAUUAUUGUUCUCGGUUUGUUAUCAAUUCCAAAUUUGGCAUGUUUUGGGCCAACUGACGAGAUGCCACUAUUUUUCACACCCAGUCGAAUUCUUGUUUUUGUUAUUGGAUUUUUGAUUGGAUUUUCGGAUUUUUGUAUUACAAUGGCACGAGCUGUCAUUUGUCAAGUUGCUGUUCCAGAUUGUAGAAUGCAGGUGUUUUCGCUCUCCAAACUUUAUCAGGUAAGAAACCGGGAUUCAUUUUUCAAAUAGGAGACUAUAUUUCUAGAUGUUUUAUUGUGAUUCCACAUCCCUUUCAAACCCAAAUAUAUUUCAGAGUGCCUCAUCUGUCGUAGUUCUUCUACUCACUCCUUACAUGACAAUUUAUAUCUGGAAAACAGUUCUCACUGCAUUUUUAAUUAUGGGAAGUUGUGGGUUCUUUAUCGUAAUUCGUCGAACUGCCUCAACUCGUCAAAAAUGCUCACCUUCACAAUCGCAACUCGCUGGGAAAAUUUGA